CAAGCAAAUACGUUAGAGUCGAAACGAAUGCACGAAGUGCUCAUGUCCGUAUGUACGUAUACGGCACUUACAUAGCCCAACGUUCGGUUUACACAGAUCAAUCAGACCGAUCUUGCAAGUGCGAGCAUUUAUAAAAGCAGCAGCGCAUUUUGGCGGACACUCAGAUUGGUAAGUGGCGAAUUGUUGUUAAGAUCGUCGUGAAGUAAUUUAAUUGCAACGCGUUUAUUCAUCUGAAACUGAAAAACUUACAACCAAAGAGUUUUGUUCAAAAGAAAAUUAUUAUAUAUAAAAGGAAAUUUCGUACUAAAAAAAUUUUGAUAUAGAAGUGACUAGCGAAAAUAUAUAAUAAAUAUUUGUGACUGUGAUAUUCAAGCAAAAAGUGUACAUAUGUAUGUAUAAACAAAGUAUAAAGUAAAAUAAAAACUAUUACAAAUUAAAUUGCAUCGACGAAAAAAGCAUCAAAUCUCGUGAAACUCAGUGGGUCUCCGUGCAUUACAUGACCAUUCACCAACCAAUAUACCACAAUAAACAUACCACAUACGCCUUGUGUGGGGCUGCAGACUAACUAUAUAGUUGAAGGUUACGAAAUUAACAGUAAAAACAAAAUAGAAACAAAACAAACAAAUCACAAAGAAUAUAUAAGCAAAAUAAGAAAAAUUUUAAAAUCAAAAACAAACUAAUACAAGCGCAAAAAUGUUGGCCAGUAAUAGUCUACCCACUCACUACAAUGAGUCUAUAUUUAAAAAGCAUUUGCAGAGCGUUGACAAAGAACUGGCAGGCGCCGCAACGUUGAAUGCAGCUAAAACAAAUGCCAGCGCAUGCAGCUUAGAUAUUCCCGGCGCAGAUAUUAAAGGGUCAGCAAUGAAGACGCAACAGAACAACGGCACAACAAAUACCAACAACGCCAAUCCCACCAAUAAUAAUAAUAAUAUGGCUGACAUGCUACCAUCUGCACAAUUCGUAUCCGGACAUCCUGACGUUAGCUCUGAGAGUUUCAUACGCAACUGCGUGGAUGAAAUCAUCAAAUCGGCUGUGCUGGCAGGCACAAAUCGUGCCAGUAAAGUGGUGGAGUGGCAUGCACCGGGCGAAUUACAGCAAUUAUUUGAUUUUAAUUUGAAAGCGGAACCGGAAACGAAUGCCAAACUGAUUGAAUUAUUGAAAGCAACAAUUAAGUAUUCGGUUAAGACCGGACAUCCGUACUUUAUAAAUCAACUGUAUUCCGGUGUAGAUGUUUAUGCUUUGAUUGGUCAAUGGCUAACGGACGCAUUGAAUCCCAGCGUGUAUACUUAUGAGGUGGCACCGAUUUUUACGCUUAUGGAGGAGACAGUGUUGGCUGAAAUGCGUCGCAUUGUCGGUUUUCCAAAUGAUGGUUAUGGCGAUGGCAUUUUCUGUCCAGGUGGCUCAAUUGCUAACGGUUAUGGCAUCAGCUGUGCACGCUACAAAUAUGCACCGGAAACUAAGAAAAAUGGAUUAUUUGGUGGUCAACAAUUAAUUAUUUUCACUUCACAAGACGCACAUUAUUCCGUCGAAAAGUUGGCUAUGUUCAUGGGUUUCGGCAGCGAAAGUGUUUGUAAAAUUGCCACAGAUCAAUACGGUAAAAUGGAUAUUGGCGAUCUUGAGAUGCAAGUCAAGCACUACAUAAAUAAAGGCGCGCGCCCACUAAUGGUCUCUGCAACGGCCGGUACAACGGUUUUAGGUGCAUUCGAUGACUUGAACGGUGUAGCUGAUAUAUGUAAGAAAUACAACAUGUGGUUUCACACCGAUGCAGCCUGGGGUGGUGGUGCACUAGUUACAAACAAAUAUCGUCAUUUAUUGAACGGGAUUGAGCGCUCUGACUCUGUCACCUGGAAUCCACAUAAGAUGUUGAUCGCCUCACAGCAAUGCUCAACAUUUCUCACACGGCAUAAGGACAUACUGACCAAUUGUCAUUCCACAAAUGCAACAUAUCUUUUCCAAAAAGAUAAAUUUUAUGAUACAUCGUUUGACACCGGAGAUAAACACAUACAAUGCGGACGACGUGCGGAUGUCUAUAAAUUCUGGUUUAUGUGGAAGGCAAAGGGUACAAAUGGACUGGCGGAACAUGUCAAUCAGGCGUUUAAAAUGUCGGAAUACAUCACUGAACUGAUCAGAGAGCGACCUGGAUUUGAAUUGGUGCUGGAAAAGCCCGAAUGCACAAAUAUUAGCUUUUGGUAUAUUCCACCCAGUAUACAAAAUAUGGAACGUGGCGAUUUAUUUAAUCAAAAACUAAAUGCCGUUGCACCAAAGAUCAAAGAGGGUAUGAUCAAGAAGGGAUCAAUGAUGAUAACCUACCAACCCCUACGACAAUUACCGAAUUUCUUCCGAUUAGUUUUGCAAAGUUCAAAUCUUACGAAAGACGAUAUGAAAUACUUCCUUGAUGAAAUAGAAGCCCUUGGUUGUAAUUUGUAAAAAAAUUGUAGAUUAAAUAUUUAACUUUAUGAAUAUCUACAAAUAAUUAAUUACUUGUAUUAUGUGUAUGUAGUAUAAAAUAUAUAAUGGUAAUGAAAUGAAUUUGGGUUUGUUUCAAGUACUAAUAAUGGGGAAAGGGUUGUUUUGCUUGUAACAAGGAAAAUGAAAUUUUACAUUUCAAAAAGAAUACCAAAUAAAGUUAAUAAGUUUCCAUAUUCAUUUCUAAAUCAAA